CGUUUGCAGUCAUGUGAACACUACAACCAGCGCGGUCAGAGUGUAAGAUUACAAUCCGGAAGUACAUUACUACAAAAGUGUACAGAAUAUUUUUAACACGAUUGUUCUCAAAAUGCCGGGCAUGUCCUUUUCAGCGCAGAGGGCAAUAAUGAAAAACUUGUCGUCCCGGCGGCUCAAGACAUCCGAUUACUGGGAGUAUGCUGUGUCAAUGUCGUGGCUAGAAUCCUGGGAUAGCUGUAUAUCUCAUAGCCUGUCUUUAGAACACGACAAUGGCUUCGAAGAUAAGGGUAUCUCGAAACCAGUCUCAAUGUCAAGAGACGAUGCAGAAAAUGUUUAUAUACCUGAAAGUCAAUGGCAAAUUUACCUGACACUGUUCGGAAUAGCUUCUGACCACGAGCUUCGUAGACGACCUAUUUACAGCCUAUACUCCAGCUUAGAUUCCGAUAGAAAUCUGUAUGGUGAUCACGUGAUUGCAGACAAAGAGCUUGAUUGCCUUCCAAUUUUAGUUGCCGAUAUUAAUGACAUUGCAACCGGAAAUCCGAUCCAAAAGCAAAUUUCUGUAUUUGCGUGGGACAGCUUAGCGUAUAUAGGGAAACAAGCUAAAACAGUGUUACAUAUAAAAAGAAAAGUGCAAGUGCGGUUGUGGCUGUGCAUAUUGCCAAAAGAUCAAAGACGAGAAAUGAUAAUUGAACCGAUAGUGCACGACAAGCAAACGUUACUCUGCAAGUUGAUGGAACUGGUACCAAUUAUAAAAGACUUAAUGAAGCAACGCAGUAAUCAGAUCAAUCCGAAAUACAUCGUGAAAGGAAAGGAGGAGAAAAGUGAGAAGAGGAAACCACUAUGGGAAGACUUUUCAGAGUUACUCCAAGCAAAUUCUGCUUGUAUUGCAAUUGGUAUAGAAAGAAUAGGGUUGAACAUAAAGACUCCUGACUCUGAAGGAAUGACGAACACAGAAAAUUUUGAUGACGAUCAGUUAGAAAGCAUAGUUAUGAUUACUUCUAUUCAAAACGAAUGGGAGGAUGUUCUUACAACAUUUGUAGAAAAGUAUACUGAGGAUAUGUCGGGCAACAUUGAAGCGCUCAAGGAAAAGCUUGUUAACUCUGCAAAAUCUGUUGUUGGUGAAAAAAUGAAUGAGAUAAGCGAGAUUCGAGAGGAUUUUGAGAAAAGAUUUUCGAUGUUGGAGGAAAGGGAAAAUGCAGUAAGAGCAAAGGAAAAUGAAAAUAAUGAGAAGGAAGCAGAUAUUGCAGACAGGCUGUCGAAAUUUAAACGUGGACUGGAAGAUUUUCAGAAACAGAAAAAGAAAUUUGCUGAUGAAGUCGAAAGAAUGGAAGCACAGAACAAAAUAGCUGAUUCAAGAGUGACAUUAAACAUAGGCGGGAUUCUGUAUACCACGUCGGUAGAAACAUUAACUAAAGAGGAAGGCUCACUCUUGGCAAUGAUGUUUGGUGGUCGUCACGCUGUGAAGAGGGAGCCAGAUGGGACUUAUUUCAUAGACAGAGAUGGUGUGAACUUCAGGUAUAUCCUGAACUACCUGAGAGAUGGAACUGACUCUGUAGAAGCCUUGCCUAAAGAAGAGAAGUUGAUCAAAGAGUUGAAGAUUGAAGCAAAAUAUUACGGACUUACUGCUUUGGAGAAAUUAUUACAGAAAAUAUUGUAAAACAAUGAAACUGAUUAAAUUUUCAGAAUUGCAUUAACUUCAAUAUCGUUCGAAUUUUUAACACAUACUUUAAGUACUCACAAUGAUUUUAUUAAUACAAAUGAAAUUAACUUCAUGGUUUGGUUAUACUGCGACUAUCGUCAUUUUAAACAUGAAAUCGUUGUGUUUUUGCUUCCAGUUACUAAUGUCUUUGCCGGAUAGACUUCUAACUGAAAUACAUGUAGUUAUUUAUAGUAUAAAACUCGUAUCAUCAACUCAGCACAAACAGUAGAUAGAUGUGUCUGUAAAUCAGAUCCGCUAUUCAUUUCUUCCACGAAUUGGUUAUAUGCAUUAAACGUCUUUGUCACGGUCAGCAUUGAAAUAUUUCUGUAUCAACUACAACGAGGGAAUAAUUUUGUUUAUAUUCGUUUUUUAUCAAUUGUUCCGUGAAUAAUAUUCAAAUGAUAAAUUUUAUUUAAACGUCUGCAAUAUAGGCUGACAUUUGUGACAUUAGUUUCAAAGUGUAUUUUCUAGUGUUCUUGCUUGAUGCAAUAAAAAUAAACAAAAAAAGUAUGGU